CCAACCUUUAAGAUACAGGAAUUAAAAAGAAUGCCUUUGGGGAAAAAGGUUCGCUCUUCUUCAGCUUCAGGAAGAUUAGAGACUCAACAUGUACACAGCAUCCUCUCAGAACUGAGUGGUUUAGGGGAGAGGACAAGAAACACAUCUGGGCUGGGAUAUCGGGAUGAGAAAGCAGAUGAUUCUUCAGUACCAAGACAACUGACUGACAGCGAGGAUGGAAAAGAACAGCCUGACUGGUUGGUGAAAGAGCUGCUCAAACAGAGCAGACGAAGACACUCUGUCACACUCGGAGAUAAAGAGAAAAUCACGAGACCGCAAUAUCACCUUAUCAAUUCAACUUACAACCUCAAGAUUGAUGAGAAAAUAUCACUUGAGACCCUCGAGAAACUGAAACUAGCAUUUGAGGAAUUUGAAUCAGGUGGAUUGAGAUACACUGAUGUGGCCAAAUUUGGACCUAUGAUGAAGAAGUGCUUGGAUUUACCUAAUGCAACCUACAUGGAGAUUCAAGGGUUAUUUAAGAAGAUUGAUUAUUUAGGCAAAGGGACAAUUUCAUGGGGUGAGUUCUGCACAUACAUGCUGCAGCAGUAUAAAGGGCAGGAGGAAACUGCAAGACGCAACAACCAGGUGGCCUUCAUUCUGCCAGCCACCAUGAAUUCCUUUAAUCAUGGGAUUCCUAUUGUCAACAUCCAGUCUACCCAUGAUGGCACCAUCGUAACAGUGCGAGAAGACGGGCGUGCCUGUCACUGGAGUCCUGAACUUAAACCCCAGAAGACCAAACACCUGUUUAAUGAAGAUCCAACAAAUACAAAGUCAAAAUGGGCAAGUGAUUUUGCUCUGAUGAGCGAGUACAACAAGCUGAUGAUCGGGACAGGGGACAGAGAGCUCCAGCUUUAUAACCUUUCCUCUCUGGAGCCUUAUUGUCAGAUCAGUGAACUAGAAACAAUACCCCUGACAGUGGACUACAGCUACAAUGGCCAGGAUAAAUGCUGUGUUCUAUAUGGAGACUCUGAAGGAUGUGUGACUAUCAUUUUAAUAUCUUCUGCUGGAGAUACCUUCAGGUAAUGUUGCUUUUUCAAAUACUUACACU